AUGACAACUCCCACCAUCAAAACCGUCCUCAUCACCGGCUCCAACCGCGGCAUAGGCCGCAUCCUCCUCACUUCCUAUCUUCUUAGGCCCUCUCACACCGUCAUAGCCGCCGUCCGCAACCCCUCACACCCAUCCUCUCAAUCCCUUCUCUCACUUCCAGUCCACCCCUCCGGCACCACCCGGCUGGUCAUCGUCAAGCUCGACCUAAACGAGCGCACCGACCCUGCCGCCGCCGUCAAGGAGCUCGCGGAGAAGCAUGGCAUCGACACCAUCGAUGUAGUUAUCGCCAACGCCUCGGUGGGAUAUAUCUGGCCCAAGCUCAGGGAUGUCGAGGUGGAUGAUAUCAGGGCGCAUAUGGAGACGAAUGUGUUUGGGUUUGCGGAGCUGGUGAAGGGGUUGUUGCCUGUUUUGGAGCGUACGGCUGCGAAGAAGGCCGAAAAGGGGGAAGAUAAGGAGGUGAACGCCCAAGCUGCCGCCAUCCCCAACGCAGCGUACGGCGUCACGAAGGCAGCCCAGCAUUACUUGACCGGCAAACUGCACCCCGAGGAGCCGUGGUUGACCUCCUUUUCCAUCGACCCUGGCUGGGUCAAGACCGACAUGGGAAACGCUGGAGCACGCGCAAUGGGCAUCGACGAGGCGUAUGGUGACCCGGAGGAAAGUAUCAAGGGCAUGCUGAAGGUCUUUGACGCUGCUACGAGGGAGACGCACAGCGGGAAGAUGUGGACUUGGGAAGGCGAGAGCGUCCUGUUCUAG